AUGACUGGAGGUCAUCUGGACACCAGCAGGGCUGUCCCAACAGUGGCCCAGUCCACUUUAACUCCUCUGAGUGAGAGGAAAGCCAGCGGUGACAUAGAUCAGAUUGAGUACAGUGAAAUGUGUACUGCCCCUCUCACAGACACCGACAUGGACCCUUUCUGGCUUCCCGUAGACGGCAGCAUUAUUUCCAUCAGUCCAACCACCGACACGAGCAACUCUCCUUCGGGUGUUAGUGUUGCGGCCAGAGACCUGAAUUCCCCUUUAGGAGAUUGCACUUUAGAGAUUUGCAAUGAUCCCAGCAUCUCUCCAACAGACUCCAACUACUCUAGUUUGGACACUAAUGUGUCUUCAUUACCAAGUGGCGGGGAGUUAAAUUCCCCCGUAGAAGGCUGCACUUUCAUCAGCCGACAGGUAGAGAUGGGCAAAGAUCCUGCCAACCCACCCAUUGGCACUGGCAUAGUCUUCACUACCCUUGCCACAGAGGGUAACAUGGAUCACCUCGACCCACCUUUAGAGGGCACAGUGGACCCAUUCAACCUCUCUGUGCCCAGUAACCCAGACCCAAUCACCUCUCCCGCUGACGCUAACUUGCCUAUUUGUUCCCUUCCCAGUAAUCCACCUGUACACAGCUCUACAGAUAACAUCACCCCCAACACAAACAGUGCCAUGAACCUUUUCAGUAAUCCUGAGGCCUGCAAUAUGCCUCCCAUAUCUAGCAGUCCAACCAACCUAAUGCCAGACACCAUAACUGACUUUGUAUGUGAUGCACAAUACCUAGAAACAGAGCCUUAUCUCACUAACAAACAGGAGGAGACUGUGGAGGGUACCAUAGAGAGGUGCAUGAACUGUGACGCUCUUGAACUGAUGCAGAAUUCUAAUGUGGUGGUUGGUCCAUCUCAAUGUUCUCCUGAGGUCAGAGGUGUCUGUGAGGCAGAGACAUGGACAAAGAUAGACAGUGGCAGUACAGAAGAAGAUAACCAAGUCGGACAUAUUGGAACACAAACCUUAGGUCAGCCUUCAGAGACUCUGACGACAGAGGAACCUCAGGGUUUCCAAGAAGGUAACGCUGAGGGAGACUGUGUGCUUAGUGAGGACUUUAACACAUACACUAUAGUACAGUAUCUUAAGGAGUCAUUAACAGCAGACCAGAGACUUAGCCAUGACUGUGAGGCUACAGUGGAGCAUGAGGCUUUAGGUUACUGUGACAAACAUCUUCUGAUGCAGACUGCUGAGAAUUUCACAACGAAAGCUGCCGAGAUUAGCUCUGAAGGUGAAAUGGCGGAGGCUUGUAUCACUGAUGGAGCCUUAGUCACCCAUCCCUUGACCCAUAACUUCCAGAAAUCAGCGCCAGACAGUCACUCGCUAAGUGGCAGUGGUAAGUGGGAUCAGUCAGAGACAGGUCAGAGGCAGGCAGCUGUUGCCCUGGGAGACUUAGCCGAUGUAUCCGCAGGAAAAGAAGGAGUCGGUUUCAAGUCGGAGGACUCGGACUCGCCUCAUGAGUUGUGGCUGGAUGCUUGCCAGUUCUUGGCAGGUGAGGAGAAUGAGGAGUCUAUUUUGGACGAGUGGGGGCAUUCUCCCACGAGGAGCAGCUCUGGUGCAUCGACGCAUAACACAAAGGAGUCCGGUUCCCCGAGGGGAGCAGCCGCGAGCAGGGCAGUCAGUGACUCUGCCCUCUGGAGGCCACCUGUCGAGAGAUGGUCAUCCACAGACAGCUGGGUCAGUGCGCUCUCCGACUGGGCUCCCGCUCUGUCUGCACACCCAGAGGAUCCAUUCAUCAGUGAAAGGCAGCCAGAGGCCAACAUGGCGAUCCAGGACCAGGCUGUGGAACAAAGCCCAGAUGGAUCAGCUCACAGUGGACAGGUGCUCACUACCCUCCCACAAAAUCGGUUGGUUCUGGGUGGACAUCACUCAGCUGAGGACAGAGUGGAAAUACAGGCUGACCCCAGAGGACUGACACCAGACCCUGUAGCAUGCUGCUGUCCUCCACCUCCCUCACAGAAGGGAACCGCUUCGCCCGGUGACAUGGGGGCUGCCUGUGACACACUCUCGGUGGGUGAUAUACACCCAUCUGACUUUCCCAUUGACAUGCUUUAUAGGGAAGGCUAUAGGAUUCAGACAGAUCAUUUUGCGGAUUUAUACCACAAGGUACCACUUUCCUUACAGCUUGCAUAUGAAGGCAGUGGACAACAAUGUGUUCAGGCAGAGCCCACCGUCUUGAGCAUUGAGGAGGAAGGUGAAAGGAGUUAUGGCUCACUGAACAUCUCCGAUUACUCCAGCCGAUCAGUUCCUACAGCCUGGUCUGAAGGAGAGCACAGUGUGUAUGCACAGCGCUCAGCCACAGACACAGGACCCUUGACCUGCAGUUCGGACCAGACAGGUUCACCGGGGUGUGAAUCUCAACUACAGGAAGAGAACUGCGGACUUCCACAGUUUAUUAUGCCCUUAGCCCCUAUCUGCCACACCAGCCUUGGCAACACUGCCCAGCCACCCAUUAACUGCUCUUUGCCAGGGGACCACUUUGGUGCCAGGGACCUGCCAGAGGACCCUCGCACUUGGAAACACUUACAUGGCAGCAUCCUUGCCUCGCUUCUUCCUCCAUAUGCUCGGAAUCGUUUGACGUCCCAUCUAAAGCUUCCUGUUGCCAAGAAGACUGGUGACCAUGUGACGUGUGAGCUCAGAAGUUCCUCGGACACCACCGACACAUCCACCAGUCGUGAGUCCUCCUCUCCCGCAUAUGGUUCCUCUUCUUCUGACGAGCAAGUUAUUCUGACUGAUCCGUGUUCUGACAAGUGUGUUGACCAAGAGUCCUUGCGUAAGGCAAGUGACCUUAGCAAAGAAUGUACUAAGCUGCUCCUAGCGACAGGUGAACGCUUUGCUGUUUCGGAGCAGGACCGAGUGGCUUGCCUCACUCUGGACACAAACUACAGUGCGUAUCUCCCUCAGUGUGUUGUGAGACAUGAUCCUUUAAUUACUGCCAAACCAAAGAGUGAGAUAGAGCAAACAAAGAGCGCCACAAUGUCUCACAAGACCUCCAAAGCUGCCGAGGGAAAAGCUCGCUUCAGGCAUAAGGAUAAGUCAGGAGGCCAUCACUCGACAGCACACGUCUCUAAGAAACAGGAGAACGUUCACCCUAAGUUUCAAAGCACCUCCUCCUUGGCCGAUGCCAGCUGUGAGGAUGGAACAGUGACUGUAAUUGAGACCAUAGUCAUUACAGAGAAAAUCACCCCCAAAGCCCAGGGGAAGAAAAAGAAGAAACACCAUCAGGCUACGCCAAUAGGAAAAACGGAAGCAGUGCCACUAGCUGAGGUUGAGAAUGGAGCCAAGCAAAAAACUGCAAGUGACAAAAUCAGCACUAUUGAACCCUCAGUGCGUGUGGACAGUGCAGUCAAACAGAAAACAGAAGGGGCAAAGAGCAAGACAGAGACUUUAGAGACCAAGCUGGCUCAGAGGAAUAACAAAAGCUUGGACAAACCAGUGGCUCACGCCAAGAAAGAGACUUUGCUCUCAGACAUUUCAGUGGCUCCUAGAUUGUUGGAAGAAAAUGCAGGCAAACCAGACAGCAAGAAGAAUGACAUUAUUAGACGUCCCUCCAAGGACAAGCGUGAGGUGCCCCCUGUUGAAUCCAAACUGCAAAGACUGAAAAACUCCUUCGAAUGUAAGAAGGAGGGAAAUGUGGUGCGUAAGAAGGCCUACAGUGAUGUGGUCAGAGAGAAGAUACACGUACCAAAGCAAGGCCCUCAGGUGCUAGAGGGCAUCCAAGCAUUGCCUGUGUUUGGUGAUCCUCAAAGUAUCUCUCUGCGCUGUAAGUUUGGCAGCAUCACAGCUAACUCUACUAUCACCUGGACAAAGGGGGGGGCCAUCUUGUCAGAGACACAAAGGAGUGCUGGCGAUGAGAGCCAGGCGUGUCUCACCCUGCUGAACGCCUGCAGCAAGGACCUGGGGAUGUACCGCUGCUCUCUCAGCAACCCCCAGGGCUUGGCCUCCUCAGACUUCCACCUCACCUCGGAAGUUCUCUGUGAACUUGUCAUCUCAUGUCAUAGUAAUGAAGUGGAGCUCACUGAGGUGAUCGGAGAUGAGGAGGAUGUGCAGUGUGCACCACUGCUCUUCAAGGAUGACUUCCUGUCGGAGCAGUAUUUUGGGGAGCACCAGUCUGCCAGCAUUGUGACGGAGAAGGAGCACUUUGGCGAGGGCAUGCACCGCAAGGCCUUCCGGGCCACGCUGAGGGCGGGCAUGGUGUCAGUCUUCACCCCCGGGCACCCCUGUGUCCUGAAGGUGCAUAACGCCAUCAGCAACGGCGCCAAGGACAACGAGGAACUUCUUGACAGGAACUACAGCCUGGCUACAGAGGAGUGUUAUGUACAGAAUACUGCCAGAGAGUAUGUCAAGGCAUACAACCAUGUGGCCAAAGCAGCUGGAUCCUUUGGAGAUGUUCCAGAAAUCAUUCCCAUCUACCUGGUGCAUCGGCCCUCCAGUGACAUUCCCUAUGCCACGCUGGAGGAGGAGCUGCGGGGAGACUUUGUCAAGUACUCCGUGAAGGAUGGGAAAGAGAUCAACCUGAUGAGGAGGGAUUCCGAGGCAGGUCAGAAGUGCUGUGCCUUUCAGCACUGGGUCUACACCAUCACUGAUGGCAACCUGUUGGUGACUGACAUGCAAGGAGUUGGCUUGAGGCUCACCGAUGUUGGCAUCGCCACCUGCAAGAAAGGGUACAAGGGUUUCAGAGGGAAUUGUGCAACCUCUUUCAUUGACCAGUUCAAAGCCUUGCAUCAGUGCAACCGCUACUGCGAGCUGCUCGGACUGACCUCUCUGCAGCCCAAGCCCAAACGGACAGCUCCGCCAGCCAAGCCCAAGCCCCAGCCCGCCCCCAAGAAAAAGACUUUUGGCCCAACGCUGAAAGGAAAGUCCUGAUGAAUUGAAAGAUUUGGCCAGUUUAUGAACGAGUGGUUUAUUUCUCACUGUAUAUAUCGUCAAAAAAAAGAGUGUGAUAAAGAUGUGUCACAUGAGCUCAUUACAGACUGGAGUUCUGUAUUUGUCCAUGGAGCAAGAAUCAAGCCAUGCUAACACACUGUUCAUCUGCUGAAUUACCAGACUGAAAUGCUGUUCUCAGCUGCCAAGUGAACUGUGCACAUGCCCUUUAAAGAUCUUCACCAGGAAACAGUGUGUGGCAUUGCAGAACGCAUAGAGAUGAGCCCAUGCAUGUGUUGGUCCAGUCUUGGAUAUAGAGAUUGUGUUUAAUUAGACACAUUAGGAUUGUGUCCCGUAGGGUUGUGUAACAGAAUCUUCUCGGAUACCUUCUCCUGUUUUUGUCACAAAAGAUAGAAAGAUCUGAUACAUUAACAGAAAUUGUGUUCAUUUGAACGCCAUGAUAAUUUCGUAUUGUGUUCUGCAUAACAUACAGAAAUCUCCGUUAUUGUGUCCUAUGUAGAUUCAGAUUAUGGCAGAUCACCUGUAAUAUAUUUAUAUGGAACAUUUAUGUGUUAUAAAAGCCACUUUUGAUGUUAUAGUAUUAUUCUCGGUUCUCUUUAGAAUUAUUUUUCUACCAAGAAGAAAUCUAUUUAUAAGAUUGUCAGAUGAAAUAACAUGAUUAUCUUAUGUUAGAUUUGCGAUGACAUAAUUGACAAAAUGUUUUGCAUUUGCUAUUUCUGGUUAGGUACCCAAUAUUUGUUGUGUUUGUGUCUGAAUUAUGAAGUUGUAUAUAUUCUUUCUCAGUUGAACCCCUUGUUUCUGUUAUGCUAGUUAUGAGACAUUAGACUUGACUCUAGGCAGUAUUUGGACUUUUGUAGACUAUUAUAGAGUUUGUAGACUAUUUUUACUCAGUGUGGCAGCAUCCUUUUUUACAUCAAUCUGACAUUUUCAGGUAUUUCAUUUUCAGUGUGCAGGCAUGUUGUUGUGUUCUGUAGAGGCAUGCAUGCGUUUCAAAAAGGAAAGUCUAAAAGUAGAGGCUUUAAUGUGAAAGGUCUUUCUAGUUGACUUCCUGUACGUAUAUUUGGCUGCUUUAGAAUGCAGCCCUGCCAAAAUACAUGAACGCUGUCACCUAGCUUUUAAAACGUUCUGCUAACUAAACAGUUUCCUAUUCGCUGUGUGUUGCUCAGAGGACCUGGCUACCAGUAAUUCAGCACAAUUUUGUUUUGCUGUCGUCAGGCUCCUUUUUGACAGAGAGCAAGAGUCUGUUCAUAAACCUGGGCUAUGCUAUCGUCACAGGCUAGAGCUGUGUGUGUGCACGUGGUGUUUGAAUGACUCAGGUGGGCUUGUGUGUGUGCAUGUGGUGCUAGAAUGGCUCCGGUGGGGUUGUGUGUGUGCAUGUGGGGCUCCGGUGGGGGUAGGGUGGCUGUUAGAGGUGUAAAUAUGUGAGGAGCCACACUGAGUCUGGAAAGCAGGAGAUCUCGUCUGAGCACAGCCAGAAGCCACACAGCCCCUUUCUUUUAGCAAAAAGUAAAAAGCUGUACCUGUUGUUUGGCUACUGAUUUAUGUAUUAAAAAGAAACAUUUUACCAA